GUAUUAGGCAUAGAUUCUCUCGAAGAAGUUCAAAAUGGCAUCCAUGAAAACAUCUCCAGGUCUGGUCAAUUUCUUUAUUUACAAUUCCACUUUCGGACCUAAGGAAGGAAUGGAAAAGGAGAAGAUUAUUCUCUACAUCCCAACUGGCGAAGACCUCGACAGGAAAAUAAAAAACAUUGGCCUUUGUGAAGCAUUGGUUAAGUUCACCCAGACAUUCUCACCAGAAAAACCCUGCAACUCUUUGCACACACAGAAAACAAGACAGGUCUUCUUCGAAGCAGAACCAGAAUUCUGGAUGAUCAUGACAGUAAGCAUUCCCUUUAGUGAGAAGAUGGCAAAGGAUGGCAAGAUGUUUGUUGAAUAUCAUGAUGAAGAUGUUUUGGAUUCUGUACUAGAUGGCGUAUUAAAACAGGCAUACAAAAUGUUUAAGCUUUUCAAUGGAACAUUCUCCUACCUUUUGAAGACCUACAACAUUGAAGCUCUACGCAAGAGAGUUGAACAUUUCUAUACCUCUUAUUUACAGACCCUUAACUUCUCUCAGUUUGAUCUUCUGGAUGUAUUUUCCGGGAUCAGUUUUCUACCAUUAGACAAAAACACCUUUUUAAGGAUACAAUCUUUUAUUAAUGUGAUUGAACAUACAUUCAGCCAAGUAAGGUAUACAUCCUUCCUUUAUUCGGAAAAACUUGUCUGGAGUGGUCUUGAACAAGAAGACAUGCGUACCCUUUACAAAUACUUGGUAACAAGCUUAUUUCCAUCCACGGUAGACUUAGAGAGUAUGGAAAAUCCAAGAUCUCAAGGCUAUGUUGUUGUUCCACCCAAGUCUCAUCAUGGAAGGUUCAUAACAGGUCCCACUGAAUUGGGUGAUGUUCCAACACCAAGACCUCCACCAAAGAUGUUUGUUAACACAGAUUCUGAGCAAGAAGAAUUAAUAUUAGUGGUGUAUAAGGCACUUGAAGCAACAAUAUGCCUGAUGGUUUCUGGUCCAUACCCAACUUUAGACUUUUUUAAGAAGAUUGACAACUUCAUUGGUCCUCAACUAACAACGCUGGCCAAUAUUAUUGGUGAGCAAAGUGCCAAGAAACAGCAAAGCUCAGACCAACAAUAUCGCUAUCUGUACUUCAACCACAUGAACCUGGCUCAGAAGACAUCUGUUCACUCCAAGAAGUCGUCAGUUCCAUGUGUUGCACCCGAGAUAAUGAGGCUUAUGGGAGACAUAAGUGCUGACUUUGCAAGUUUUCAGGAGGAUGGUGAAACUUUUGUGAAAACCAUGUCAGACUGCUGGAUUGUGGGAAGAAAAUCUGACCAACGAGAAUUAUUUGUGAUCUUAAAUCAAAAGAGUGCCAACCUUAUAGAGAUUGAUGAGGAAGUCAAGAGAUUGGGUAUCACACAGUUUAACAACAUCUUCUUCCUGGACUAGUGUGGAGAAAAACAAGGGCACCACAGAUAACAAAGAUAUAAUGGCAGCCUCCAGGAAAAAUGGUCACUCAAAACAGAUGAUUUAACUACAAAGAUGUAGACUGACUUUUUUGUUAGACAUGGAAAUGUUGCUCAAAGAAACAGUAGAACACUUGGAGCCUUGGCAUGAAAUGAAACAAGAUUUACUGUCAACCUUGUAGGGAUGGGAAUGGAAGCCUAAUGGCAUUAAAAAAAAAUAAUAACAAUUUCUAAUGGGAAGAAGAACAACUUCAACAAAAUUAACAAAUUGGUGAAAAUUUU